AGCUAGGACAGUCACCUGUAAGUUUCGUCUCUCCUGUUCGGCUGUUCCUCCUGCAGGGGCAAGCAUAGAGAAGAAGCACAAAUUGAUCGAGCUUUUGCAUCUGGUGGAGCUCAAUGGCGUCCGAGAAAUCCAAUAGCAAGCCGUGGGAGUACACCCUGCGCAAGUACCUGCUGCUGAUGGCCACGGUGGCGGCGGCGCUGACGUACGCCGCGGCGUUCAGCCCUCCGGGGGGAGUGUGGCAGGACACCGGCGACGGCCACCUCGCCGGCGACCCCAUCAUCCGGGACACCCACUACCGCCGGUACCUGGUGUUCUUCUACUGCAACGCCACCGCGUUCGCCUCGUCGCUCGUGGUCAUCGUCCUCAUCCUCCUCCUCUCCGUGCUGCACGAGAACUUCAAGGAGAACAUCUGGCGGCGCACCACCCUCCUGCCCCUGCGGGUGGUCAUGGUGCUCGACCUGCUCAGCCUCAUGGGCGCCUACGCCGCCGGCACCUGCCGGGACGCGGUCACCACCGUGUACAGCUCGCUGCUCGUGGCCGCCGUCUUCGCCUACCUCAUGGUCCAGACGGCACUGGCGUCGGCGUCGGCGCCGGAGAAGCGCGCCGCCGCCGACCCCGCCGCCACCAACGCCGACGCCGGCGACCGUGACCUGGUCGGCGAGCGGCCGCGCAAGGUCCUGAUGCUGCUCGCGACGUUCGCGAUCAGCGUCACGUACGUGUCCGGGCUGAGCACGCCCGGCGGCUUCUGGGACGGCAGCCAGCCCGGCCGCCGCGCCGGCGACGCCAUCCUGGAGGAUUACAACCGCGCCCGCCUGGUGGCGUUCUUCCUCGGCAACACCACGGCGUUCGUGGCGUCGCUGGUCAUCAUCCUGCUGCUCCUGGACAAGAAGCUGCGCUUCACCGCCAGCGUGCGCUCCGUCGAGCUCUACGGGUGCAUCGUCGUCGCGCUGGUCGGGCUCGUCGUGGCGUACGCCGCCGGGAGCUGCAGGGACGCCGAGACCACGGCCUACGUCGUCGUCCUGGUCACUCUUGUCCUGGGAUCCAUGGUGUUCCUGCUAGGGCUUACUUUACCGGUGGCUCUCGCUGCACGUGUCCUGGCAGCCAUACGCAACGGCUGUCAACGGCUAGUAGGCAUCUACGCAGCAGCAUCGAAGUGUUUGCCCUGUCUCAGGCAUCAAGCUAGAGAAAGGCAUGCUGACAAUGGCAGGGAGGAACAACUUAACGAAUCGAUGGAGAAGGCUCGCUCCCUCGUUCUACUGCUCGGCACCCUCGCAACGAGCGUCACUUACCAGGCGGGGCUGGACCCACCAGGCGGCGUCUGGCAGGACGACGGAGACGGCCACAUGGCCGGCGACCCGAUCCUCCUGACGACGAACCCCAGGCGGUACAAGGCAUUCUACUACUUCAACUCCACCGCCUUCAUGGCUUCCUUGGCCGCCAUCGUCCUGGUCCAGAAGAGGUCCGCGCUCAAGCACGGCACGCUGGAGGCCGCCAUGAUCCUCGACCUCUUUGCCCUCAUCGGCGCGUACGCCACCGGGAGCUGCCGGGACGUGGGAACAUCCAUCUACGUCAUGGCAAUGGCCGCUGGCGUCGUUGUCUACGUGGCGAUCCAUGUCGUCGUCUUCUUCACGCUCGGCCGCCACAAGGAGAGGAGUGGUGGCGGCGACGAUGACGACAUGGUCGAGAAGAGGCGCAAGCGACUGCUCGUCUUCGCCAUCUUGGCGGCGACCAUCACCUACCAGGCAGGGCUAACCCCGCCGAGCGGCUUCUGGCCUGAGGACGACGGCGUGCUCGGCCACCGCGCCGGCGAGCCGGUGCUCCUCUCCAAUUACCCGCGCCGCUACAGGGCCUUCUUCUACAGCAACUCGCUGAGCUUCAUGUCAGCCAUCGCUCACAUCCUGCUCCUCGUGCACCCGAGGCUGUACAGGCCGGCGAUCCGGAGCUACGCGCUGUCCGUGUGCACGGCGGCGGGUCUGCUGGGUCUCAUGGCCGCCUACGCCGCCGGAAGCACGCAGCAUCUGAAGACGUCCAUAUACAUAUUCGUGCUGGCGUUCCUGGUUGUCGUGUUUCUAGCGGUGCUGCUCUUCGUAGGGAAGAAGAUGAUGACCGGCGACGUCGGAGAUGAGCCCGCCACUGAAUCAGGCGGUGCCGGCGGCGGAGGAGAGGAGACGGGAACAACCGACGCAGCCAUCGAAGCAGGAGGAGAUGGCGACAAAAAAUGUAAGGACGAAAAGCACGCUAAGAGCAAGUACCUGAUGCUGCUCGGCAUCCUCAUGGCGAGCGUGACCUACGCGGCCGGCCUGGAGCCGCCGGGCGGCGUGUGGCAGAGCGACGGCGAGGGCCACACCGCCGGGGACUCGGUGCUCCGCACCAACCGGAGGCUCCGGUACCUCUUCUUCUUCCACUGCAACUCCACCUCCUUCGUGGCGUCCAUCCUCGUCGUCGUCCUCCUGCUGCCGCAGCGGCUCAAGCAGAGCGGCUGGUGGCUGACGGUGACCAACAUGACGGUCGUGGUGAACCUAUUCGGCCUCCUGGGCGCGCACGCCGCCGGCUCCAGCAGGGGGUGGGAGACGUCCGGGUACGCCGUCGCGCUCGUCGUCGCCGCGCUGGCCUUCGCCGUGGUGCAUGCGCUGAUGGCGUGCUUCACCAGGAGAGGAGGGACGACAAGCAAUCCGCAGCCUGACACGAAGGAACAGGGAAGCGUUGGGCAUCAGCCACUUGGAGCUUCAGUGUGAUGAUUUGCUGCCAGUCCUCAGUCGUGAUGUACAAAUUUAUAUGCAUGUAUAGUUUGUGUGGUUUUUUUUUUCACCUGUGCGCGCUCUUUCAGCCUGUCUGUUUCCUGGUUAUUGUUACUUCUGCCAAGUCUUGUCUAGUUACUGUUUCGUCCCCUGUAUAAUUUUCUUAAUUAUACAGAAACGGUUACUGCUAAACUUAAUUAAUAGGCAUGUAAUGAAUUUUCUUUCUAUUA